UGGCAUCUUCUGUCUUUUACAAAUUCAAUUCUCGGAAAGACGAGUCCAGGGUGACCUUCGAUGGCACUGGCAUAUCCGUCUUCGAUUUGAAAGGUGAAAUCAUACGUGCCAACAACAUGGGUAAGGCAAACGACUUUGACUUGCACCUUUACGACGCUACGUCCAAGCAAGGAUUCAAAGAUGACUCGCAAAUCAUCCCUCGCUCUUCCUCUGUUAUUGUCAAGCGGUUGCCUGCAGCACGUCCCGGAAAAGGCAAGGCAGCUAUGUAUUUGAAUAGUGCUGGCGCUGCGCUGCCCAGCUCAGAGCCAGUCGUACGUGGAAGUUCUGCGGCAGGGGGUGGAACAUGGCAUAAAGGUUCCAUGUCGAAACGGUUUGACGGCAAAGAUGAAACUCAUUCCGCAACUGCGACUUCCCCGACCAAGCAAUCAACACCAGUACCAGUCGCAGCCCAUGUCACAGCAAGCGAAGAAGCAGCCGCCAUGGCAGCUAUGUUCCAAGCCCAGUCGCAAAACUGGGAGGAAACUCAAGAAAAGAUGUCUCAGGCCCAGGUCAUUCACCGAAAUCCUCGAGGUACCAGCUUUGCCCGUGGUGGAAAGCCGCAUACGCCACACAUUACCCAGAUUGACAGGCCACUACCUCCAAGUUAUGUGUGCUAUCGAUGUGGACAAAAAGGCCACUGGAUCCAAGACUGCCCAACGAACAACGAUCGUGACUUCGACAACCGCCCCCGCAUUAAGCGCACAACAGGCAUUCCAAGAAGCAUGCUGAAAGCGGUCGAAAAUCCCAACAGUGGUGACCUGACGCAAGGAGUCAUGGUUACUCCAGAAGGAGGUUAUGUGGUUGCUCAGCCAGACUUGGCGUCGUGGCAAAAACAAGUGGCCCGUUCAAAAGGUUUGACAGCCGCGGAAGUCCGAGAGAAAGCGCCGUCCGACUCCUCGUUAGCGUGCCCAAUAGACAACAAACUUUUCCGAGAUGCUGUUAAGACCCCGUGCUGUUACAGAUCGUACUGCGAAGAAUGUAUUCAGACGCACUUGCUCGAGAGGGACUUCAUAUGCCCUAAUUGUGGAAAGAAGAUUGCGUCGCUGGACAAGCUCAUUGUGGACAAGCCGAUGAGGACCAAAGUCGCCGAUUACAUUGAGAAGGCAAUCGAAGAGAGUAAGGAGGAUAGCGAAGAGGGUGCAAACGGCAAAGGCGAGUCCAGCAGGCAGCAGGUAGUCCCCUCAUCGUAUACCUCAUACCCAAAAGCUAACUCAAGGCAGAGUACCAGCCCUGAAGAUGGCGCCCCGGGCGAACAAGACAUCUAUUCCGAGCAACAGCCCGACCUCAAUAUGGACAUGUCGCAAAUGCUCGUCGACCAAAUUCCCCAAUUGCAAGCUCAAAUUACGCAGAUUUCUCAGAUGCUCCAAAACGCGAAUUUGCCAGACAAUGUACGACGACAGACUGAGAUGCAGCACCAGCAACUGCAGAUACAACUUCAGCAAGCGCAGACCAUGCAGGCGGUACUCGCGGCGGCAACGUUCCAGCAGCAGCAGGCCGCUGCAGUCCUCGCGGGUGGUGGUGUAGGUUCGGGGUCGGGUAAUGUGGGCGUUGGUGGGUUUGGUGGGAUGGGUGGGUUCCAGGGGCAGAUGGGCGGUGGUGGGUGGGGUGGUCACAGCCAGUUUAUCGGACAGCAGCCCCCUCCGCCAGACUCGGCAUACCAGCGCUUGCCUGUCAACAAUCGGAGGAGGAACCUCAAGCGGGAUCGACCAGCAGAAUUCCUCGAGGGUCCAGACGGGACCAAGUUGCCCAGGUAUUGGGAGUAAG